UUCAAUUUUGAAUUAUGUAGCCGUUGAUUUCCCCUUUCUUGGGUAACUUUUGUUUUUAGUUCUAUUCAAAAUUCGACAAUUUAAUUUUCUGGAAUAGUGAUUAUCCUGAUGGGUUGUUCAACUCUGUUACGUUUCCCAAAUCGAGUCUUUGAGUCGGUGAGUCGGUUACAUGAGACCAGAGCCGUGUCCAACACCGUUUCCUUGGUUGGGUGUAAAUUUUCGGGUUGAUUUCGUGAGCUGCAUUGUGAGGAGGGUUUUGUUUUAGAUAUGGGUGGCAGGAGUUCAAAAGAGGAUAGGAGUUUGAGGCAGAAUAGUUAUGGGUCUAGGUCGUCGUCUUCUUCUUGGAGUGGAUAUCCUCCAGUUCAAUCACCAUAUGUAGAAAGUCAGGGGUAUGCACCUCAGCAAUCCUAUCCUCCAUCACAGUAUUCAUAUCCGCCGCCGCCGCAGGAUUAUGGUGAAGAAACUCAGGCUUAUUAUCCACCCCAGCAGCCAUCCUAUCCAUCAUCAUCACAGUAUUCCAAUCCCCCGCAGCCGCCGCCACCGGAUUAUGGGGGGCAAAGGAAGCUGGACAGGAGAUAUUCGAGAAUUGCUGACAGUUACAAUUCCCUCGAGGAGGUGACUGAGGCUCUUGCACGUGCUGGACUUGAGUCUUCGAAUCUAAUAGUCGGUAUUGAUUUCACAAAGAGCAAUGAGUGGACAGGCAAGAACUCGUAUAACAGAAGAAGCUUGCAUCACAUUGGGGAUGGUCUAAAUCCCUAUGAACAUGCAAUUACCAUUAUUGGAAAAACCUUGGCUGCUUUUGAUGAGGAUAACAUGAUUCCGUGUUAUGGUUUUGGAGAUGCAACAACCCAUGAUCAAGAUGUUUUUAGUUUCUACCCAAACGAUCAACAUUGCAAUGGGUUUGAGGAAGUAUUGACUCGCUACAAGGAAAUUGUUCCUCAUCUUCGCCUUGCAGGACCGACUUCAUUUGCACCUGUAAUUGAAAUGGCCAUGACUAUUGUUGAGCAGAGUGGUGGCCAAUACCAUGUCCUAUUGAUAAUUGCAGAUGGCCAGGUAACUAGAAGUGUUGAUACUGAGCGUGGCAGGCUAAGUCCACAGGAACAGAAGACAGUUGAUGCAAUUGUUGAAGCAAGCAAGUUCCCUCUAUCAAUUAUAUUGGUUGGUGUUGGAGAUGGACCCUGGGACAUGAUGAAAGAGUUUGAUGACAACAUUCCUGCUCGGGCCUUUGAUAAUUUCCAAUUUGUGAACUUUACGGAAAUUAUGUCAAAGAAAUUGUCAUCUUUGCGAAAGGAGACUGAAUUUGCUCUAGCAGCAUUGAUGGAAAUUCCGACUCAGUAUAAAGCAACGAUAGAGCUUAAUCUCUUGGGUGGUCAGAAGGGCAAUUCUCCCCACAGGGUUCCUCUCCCACCACCUCUCCAUGGUGCAUCUUUCAACAGUUCAAAACCUUUGUAUGGUGCGUCAUCCUUCAGCAGUUCGAAACCUUCUCAUGAGCCCAGUGUUCCUCCUUAUUAUGAAGACAGCAGUUCUUUCAGUACAGCUUCAGCUCCACCAGCUCCACCUGCUUCCAGUUCUACUUAUGAUAAUCAGGUCUGCCCCAUCUGCCUUACAAAUUCAAAAGACAUGGCCUUUGGUUGUGGGCAUCAGACGUGUUGCGAAUGCGGGCAAGAUCUUCAGACGUGCCCGAUAUGCCGAAGCCCAAUCCAGACCAGAAUAAAACUCUAUUAACGAGCUGCUGCUUCAGUAUAAUUUCAUCUCAUCUGUGAAGGCUGCGCUGACAUUCUUUGAUUUUAUUUGUUCUUUUGGGGUCAGUAUAUUCCUUGUAAUCCAUUCCUUCUAUAGACGAUCAGGGUGUUAGGUUUUACGGAAUUUACAACUUAAGGGACUGAAAUAUCGCCACCAUCUGUACAUUCUUGUAAUUGGCUUGUAGAUGGUGCAGGUCUUGUGACUUAUCUUCUUCUUUCUUUUUUUCCUGUGAUUGGAUAGAAUGGAUUGUUGUUGCUUGUAGCAGAGGCUAUGUAAAGUACUUUGAAACAAAUGACAGUAAGCAUGAAGAUAUAUAGUACUUGUGGUCAUGAAGAUAUAUAGUACUUGUGGUCAUUUCAGAGGAGGUUGAUCACGCUUUCGGUUAAGUCCCUUUUGUCGGUGAUGUACUUUGAAACCAAGAGCACAUUCAGCACAUGAUGCCCUUGACUCUGUACCAAAUGGAAAAGAAAUGGCCAUAUGUAUAUAUGGAAAAGGAGGUUGAUCUUGACGCUAUCUUUGGUUGAUGCUCGUGUGUUGUGAUGUGAUCGUUUACUAAGUUCUUCAAUUACAUCUUGAUUACAAACAAUUCAAUACUAAUCCUAUGGUGGGUGUACUACUUACGAUUCACGUUA